UAUUCGUAAUGUAUGCUUGGAUAAUGGCAAGGGUAGAGAAUUUGCUUGGUAAUGAGAAUUUUCUUUAGCUAGCCAGUUAGCCUUGUUUGCUAUACCGUGUUGUUGAUGUAAGAAGUAGUAGCAGGGGAUUUGUUUCGCUUUUUGUCGCUUACUGGAAUACCAAUUUAGCUACACAGUCGAGACAACCGGGAUACUGUCCGAACAAUGAUGCUGAUGAAUCCAACACGCGGGUUUCUGUGGACGGAUUCGGAGACAAGAGCACUGCUCAACAUUUGGGGGGAACACGACGUGCAGACUGCCUUGGACGGUAACUUCAGAAACAGCCAUGUCUACCGAGACGUGGCCAGCCGUCUGGGAGACAUGGGCUACGACAGGACACCUGAUCAGUGCAGGAUACGCGUGAAGAGCCUAAAAAGGCAGUACUACCAGGCCAAGGAUGCUUUCAAGAAAAACAAUGGACAGUACCGUAAGCUGUGCAAGUUCUUCGAGGAGAUGGAGCGGAUAUUGGGCAACCGAUUACCCGUGGACCCACAGGAUAUGAUUGACAGCGUUGCCGUGGGAGACGAGAUGAUGGACGGGACAGAGGAGGAGGGCGAUGGGACCGAGCAGUCGUCCGACUCCUACAUGCCGCCUUCCACUGACUUCCCAGCGCACACAGUGAAGAUAGAGUACCCAUCCUACUCCAUCCCCGUGACCGUGGGAAGUGUCCCAGUGAAGCCAACCAUCAACAGCGCUCCGCCUCCUCCUCGAGUGCUCCCCUCCACAUCCUCCACCUCGGCCUCGUCGAGACUGUGCCGGCGGGGCCGCAAGCGCGUGGCCAGCCUCCCCUUGGACAAGCUGAUGGAGCGCUUCUUGGAGCAGAGCGCCGAGGCCGAGGAGAACUUCUACAAGCUGGAGGAGCAGCGUCUGCAGCAGGAGGACAGGCGGCGCGAGGCCGAGCACACGCGAGAGCUCCAUAUGCUCCAGAUGCUCGGACAGAUCUUCGGCAACAUCUCCUCCUCCGGUGGUGUUGGUGGGUUGGUGACGGCAGCACCACCACCUCCACCUGGGAAUGGCUCGGUUACUCCCGUGCACUCUGUAGGUUCUCCCGAGCCCAUGUCUGUUCACGUGGCCCCCGCUUCGUCCUCAUGGUCGCAGGCCCGGUCUCAGCAUUCACGGCAACAGCAGCAGUCGCACCAGCAUCGUCAUCGUCACCACCAGCAGCAUCAGCAUCAGCAGCAGCAUCAAGGCACGGUGUCCCCACUUCGUCACCACCUGUCAGACCACGGCCGGGAUUCUAUCCCAGUCAUAGAGCGUUCAUUUUCGCUGGGCAGCGCUACACACAGUAUGGAGAACACUCUUCAGUUGGUGAGGAAUAUCGUCCCUCCCCUGACCUCCAAGAAGCACAAGGGCCAAGAUGGCCGCAUCGGCAUCAUUGGAGGAUGCCAGGAAUACACUGGGGCACCUUACUUCGCAGCCAUCUCCGCACUUAAAGUGGGAGCUGACCUUUCCCACGUCUUCUGCACUAAAGAUGCUGCCACUGUCAUCAAGUCUUACAGCCCGGAACUCAUAGUUCACCCUGUGCUGGACAGUCCAAAUGCGGUGGAGGAGAUUGAGAAGUGGCUGCCGCGACUGCACACCCUGGUGGUGGGACCAGGGCUCGGCAGAGAGGAGCUCCUGCUCAAGACAACCAAGGAGGUCAUUGAGAAAUCCAAGGCCAGAGACAUCCCCAUAGUCAUUGACGCGGAUGGGCUUUGGUUGGUGGCCAAGCAGCCCUCUGUUAUCCAGGGCUAUCAGAAAGGCAUCCUCACGCCCAACUUCAUGGAGUUCAGCAGACUCUACGAGGCCAUGCACCAAGAGCCUCUGGACAGCACUGACCACCAUCGGAAUGCCCAGCAGCUGAGCAUCGCCAUGGGCAACCUGACAGUGGUUCUAAAGGGAGAGGAGGACCUCAUCACCGACGGCAACAUGGUGCUGACGUGUUCCCAGGAGGGGAGUGGGCGGCGCUGUGGUGGCCAGGGGGACCUCCUCUCCGGCUCUCUGGGGGCCUUCGCACACUGGGCCUUCAACGCCCCCGCAGACGCCACUAAGAGUGUGAACCCCACCCUGGUGGCGGCGUUUGGGGCCACGUCGCUGACCAGGCAGUGCAACAGACAGGCCUUCCACAAGCACGGCCGCUCCACCACCACCUCCGACAUGAUCCAGGAGAUCAACUCCGCGUUCAGGAAGCUCUUUGAGACCUGAGGACACUCAUCAUAAUCAUCACACACCCAGUGCUCUCUGGAUCACUGAGGAACACUCAUGACACUGAGGACACCCAAUGCCCCAGAUCACCUUUCCUUGUAAACAGACUUGACGGAGAAAGAAAAAAACACAAUGAUGUUGUUUUGACAAUGACGUGCUGUACCAUCCCACUGUCUCUCUCUAAGCUAUUGACCCUGAGCAAAGAAACCUGUUGUUUGGCAUUUUCCAGACCGCGGGGUUGGUUGACUCUUAAGCACAGGCUGGUGUGUGUUCACUACUCCUCUGAUCUGCCUCUCUCUCAACACCUCUGAAAGACAUUAAAACAUACACCGUGAACAAUUA